UUCACCUGUGGCUAAAAGCACCACCGGCACUGAACUCUGUGAUCUAGAAACCAAAGUAGGAGAUGUUAAAACAUCUUCUGAUGGCAUUUGUGAUAUCGAAACAAAAGUUGAGGAUGUUAAAACAACUGCUGAUGACAGUUGCUGGUCGGAUGAUGAUCUGUUCAAAGAUAAUUCCUUCUUAAUUGAAGCCACACAAAACCAAGAAUCGUGCUUCAAAACGGUUUCAAGUGAAAAUAAAAAUGGAGGCCCUGGCGACUUGCAGCAGUCACAUGGAUUGAGUACCCACAAUCCCUCUCAUGGUUAUUCUGCAAUGAAUGAUUCUUCUGUAAUACCGUCAUCAUGUGUUGCUGAGCAACCAGGUGUUAAAGUGAGCUCAGUAUUAAUCAAGUCAUUAGUGUCUGACACUGCGGCACCGUCCCAUGUCUUUAACAAACCUGGAGCUCUAAAAUCACUGCAUCACAGCUCCAAUAAGGGACAGGUGCGAAAUACAUUUAUUUCCAAUCAAGAUGCCACCUCAAAGAUGAACCAGAAGAAUGUUAGUACAUAUAGUUCAAAACCUGGUGCAGAAUAUCAAGCCAAGUGUAAUGAAAGUGUCAAUAAGUUUGUAAACAAAAAUAGUCAUCAAAUGAUUAGUGUACACGAUAACUGCCAGUCAUCCAUUGCUCCGAAUCUUUUACCUAAUAAACAAGCUCAAACUUCUUUUAAAAAAUACAGUAGCUUUCAUAUUGAAGUAUCAAAACCGCCUCAAACUUUUCAGAGGACAAGUUCCAAUAAUUCCCUUAGAAAGACACAGAGCUUUGAUGGCUUAUGUUCUACAAAUUCCUUGCAGUCAAUGAAAUGUCAAAGGAAUAAUGUUUCAUCAACAUCUGCUAUGCACACCACUGAAAGCUCAAAUACGAGAUGUCAUUCAAUGUAUGGUCAGACUCCCAGUGGUCACACAGCUCCCAGUGGCCACAUAGCUCCCAUUGGCCGUACAGCUCCCAGUGGUCGCACAGCUCCCAGUGACCACACAGUUCCCAGUGGUCACACAGCUCCCAGUGGCCACAUAGUUCCCAUUGGCCGCACUGCUCCCAGUGGUCACACAGCUCCUCAACGAAAUUCAUCAUCAUGCAACACUGAGAAAAAAACAUUUUCUUUUGUGUCUUCCAAGAAUGUGAUCAAACCAAUGGCAAAUGUUGCCACGAAACAUGCUAAAGACUACUCUUAUGAUGGCAGAUCAUGUAAUGACAACAAGAUGACAACAGAAAUCUGUGUUCAGAGUGCCACGGGAGAUGGCUUUGAUGUGAGUUUACCUGAAGAUGUGCUAGAACAAUUGUUAGAGCCAGAUGAGAUCUUUGACAGCCAAGCUGAUAUCUUAUCUUUUAGUGUUACAACUGAAGCCAAAACUGAAGAAAAGUUUCUGAAUUCUAAAGCAAAAUAUAAUGUAAACAAACUUCCUGUUACGCUGUUGAAGAAUAAUUUAAUUCCUUCAAGUAAAAGUAAUGCCUCUUCAACUGCCCUUAAGCAAAGCACCUGUGAUAAUUUGAAUCAAAACUAUAAACCUUCUUCAAGUAACAAUGUAGAAAAACUUGUAUCUCCAGUAAAACAUGUUAGUGAUGUCCAGAGAAGGGAUCUAAUGAACUCAAAGUCUCCAGUGCAAACAUUUUUCAAAAAGACAUUUUCUGUAAACAACACAUCUUUUGGGACCACCUCCAGUACGCCAAUAAAAGAUUCUAUAAGUAUAGCAACGUCAGAUGUUUCUCAAAGCAAUGUUAGAGAUGCUACAAAGAGUACAGGGGCAUCAGGUACGUAUUAUAUAAUUGACUGUUUUGCUCUGACCGUGUUUGGAAUUUUUGGCUUAAGCUGAGCAAAUAUCUUAUACCUGAAAAAUUUCUGAAUCAUUUUUACAAUUUUUUAAAGAAUCGUUUGUGAUAAAUAGUGCACAUUUCCUCAAAUUUUAAACCUCAAGAUUCUAAUCAAUUUUUGUAGUUCCAUGUGAAUGCCAGGUCAAUGCUGCUCAUGUUUUAAUUAAAUGUCACAUCAGCACUGCUCUUAUUUCAUGUAAAUUCCUGGCCAAUACUUCUCUUACUCCAUGUGAUUGCCAGGUCAAAGCUGUUCAUGUAAAUGUCAAGUCAGGUCAAUACUGCUUUUAUUUCAUGUGAAUACCAAGUCAAUACUGCUUUUAUUUCAUGUGAAUACAAGUCAAUACUGCUUUUAUUUCAUGUGAAUACCUAGUUAAUACUGCUUUUAUUUCAUGUGAAUACCAGGUCAAUACUGCUUUUAUUUCAUGUGAAUACCAAGUUAAUACUGCUUUUAUUUCAUGUGAAUACCAAGUCAAUACUGGUCUUAUUUCAUUUGAAUGUCAGAUCAAUAAUGCUUUCCUUCAUGUGAUUGCCAGGUCAAUACUGCUCUUAAGACAUAAAACAAAAUUUUUUAUUUUUUAUUAUUAACAUUUAUUCAUUAUUUUAUUGUUGAACAGAUUCUUUCCUGGACAAUGCUUUUGAUGACAGUUUCUUGAAUGAUGAAGCAGUAUACGAGUCCCAAAUUUUACCCUAUCUGGAGAAAGUAGAAUGUAAAUAUUAGUAUUUAGAAUUAUGGUUAUCUGCAAGUUAAUGUAAAUAAAAAUGAAUAUCAUGAAUAACUUUAAAUUAUUCCCAUAUUUUUCAGGUCUUAUUUAUAGCCUUAUAUUCCACUUGUAUUUAUAGCCUGAUGUUCCACUUGUAAUGUGUGACUGUUGAAUUUGUAAAUAUUAUAGCCUUAUAUUAAACUUUUUUUUCUUAUUUGUCCGUAACUUAUAUUACAGUUGUUAUGUCUGACUGUUGUAUCUUUAGCCUUAUAUUACACUUUUUAUGUCCCCCCACAGUUAAUGCUAUUGUCUUGAUAUUUUAUUUCUUCACAUUUAUGCUAAAUAAUGUUCAAAUAUUUGUAAAUAUUCCUUGAGCAGUUUUUUUCUUCUAUUUAACAAUGAUGUUGAUUUUAUUUGGCUAACUGUCUACAUACUUUUUUAGCAGAUGCAAUCAAAGACGCAGAAUCCCAGGUGCCGGCAACACUUUCAUCUAGUCCAGUCCAGUGCUCACAAGAACAGAUUGAACAGAAAAGACAGGCAGCAAUACAAAAAAGAUCGCUCCGUCUAAGUCAAACUAAAAAGCCUUGAAGUAAAAAAAUAUCCCAAACAGUUUAAUAUUAGGAAAUAUUGGCUAUGAGGAAUAUAAUUAAUGUACCUCAGUGAAGAUUUACUUUGAGUAUUUUUAAAUACUGGUAACAAUAGUAAUACAAUUUACUAGAUUUAAACAAUUCUGUUUUGCCAAAUUUGUUCAUUUUAUUCUUACGCCAUUAACGCUCAGGUAAAGUUUGACUGAGAGAUUUGAAAGGAAUACAUUAGUACAUUCGAAUAAAUAUUGAAAUUGAUAAAAUUUGAACUUGUGUUAUUAAAAGACAUACUACAAACAAAUUUGUAAACUUUACUAUUUUAUCUGUAUGUAGUUAUCCCCCUUUUCAAUGAUGUUUCAAUGUUUGGAAUCCAAGUGAUUCUUUUAUAAGAUAAAUAUUUGAUUGAUUUUUGUGUAAGAAAUUAUCAACUUUUAAAGAAAGUCAUUCAUGCUUUGUGAGAUUUUUGUUUCUUUCAGCUUUUAUCAAGCUAUACUCUUUUAUCCUUACAUGGAAAUCUUUCUAAUUAUAUUGUCAGGUGAAGGAGAUUACUCUAUUUACAGACAUUAUUUUAAUAAAUAGGUUUUGUACUGAUAAACAAACAUUUAUUCAGUAAUUAAAUAAAUUAUAGUUAUAACAAGGAUAAUAAUCUGAAUUUAAAAAUAAAUGCUUUUUAAAAUAUUGCCUUCAUGACUGAGAGUUGAUAGAUACCGGUAUAAAUACUUGUAAAUAUAUUGUCAAGAUGAACAAAAAGUCAUCUUACUCUUAGUCUUAGUUGAAAAUGAAUUGUUCAAUAAAAUUGUAUUACUGAUGAAAAUAAAAGGCUUAAUUAAAUUAUUUUACAUCAGCCAAUGUUACUAUGUUAUUUAAUAUUUCAUGUAAUAUUUAGUACUUUCAAAAUCUUUCCUAUAUUGGAGGUUUGAU